AUGGACGAUAUAGUAUCUUCCAGGUACGACAUAUCUGGUAUAACAGAGUCGAUAUUUUCUAAGCAUUCAGACUUUCUUCAAAGCUCGUUACCAUCUCGAGCAGGUGUGGGUAGUAGUGGCGAGCAACAACUACAGUUUGGUGACAGUAAGCAACCAUUCUCGUCAUCAUCGUUCAUCUCUGGUUUACCAGCAGUAGGAGCGGCAGGGGCAGCUUCGAUUAUCCGUUCUCUACCAAUAAUUUCAAGAUUGCUUCCGACUAUUGAACCUAAACAAGAGCAGAUAAAGUCACUUUUAACCCAACAGAAGGAGGCAACCAGUUAUAAACAAUGGUAUGACAUAUGUCUCCAACUAGAUACGCUAUUAAAUAAUGAUGCUUGGAAAUUGGACCCCAAGUCUGACUUGUUUGACUAUGAAUUUGUCAAGCAAAGUCUUGAAACUUUGAGAGAAGCAAGGUUACAAAAGGAUUACAAGUUAUUAUUGUAUUUGGUGAGAACAACGUGGAUUAGAAACAUUGGAAAUAUGGGCAAUGUCAACUUGUAUCGCCACUCUUACGUGGGGACCAAAAAGAUUAUCGAAGACUUCAUAGCCGAAUGUGAAUUAUCUUUGGAUUAUUUGGUAAAUGAUGAAGGCGUUGAAUUAGACGACAGAUACCUUUUGGGUAUGCUAAUACAAACGCGUAAAAACAUUGGCAGGACAGCACUAGUUUUGCUGGGAGGUUCCACCUUUGGUAUCUUCCACAUAGGGGUCUUGGCUACAUUAUUAGAAAGUAACUUGUUACCCCGAAUAGUCAGUGGAAGUUCUUCAGGAAGUAUUAUGGCAAGUAUUCUAUGCUGUUGCACGUUCGAAGAAACUAUUGAGCUAUUGAGCACAGUGACCGAAAAGAAGUUUCUUAUCUUUGGUGAUGAUAGUGACCUUGAACAACACAACAAAGAACAAGAAGAUCUAGACUCGGAAAACAUCCCAGAUGGUGAAAAGAAAAAGAAGUUAAAUAAUCCAGGAUUAAGAAGACCCUUGAAACAGUUGGCUCAUUUGUUGAAAUAUGGUACUCUUUUUGAUAUCUCAGGCUUAAAGUCCACAAUGCUUGGAUUCGUUGGAGAUUUAACCUUCAGAGAAGCCUACAAUAGAACUGGUAAGAUAUUGAAUAUCACAGUAUCUCCAGCUUCCAUUCAUGAACAAACGAGAUUACUUAACUACUUAACAGCUCCAAAUUGCCUUAUUUGGUCUGCGGUAUGUGCAUCAUGUUCUGUUCCAGGAAUAUUCCCCUCAACUUCUAUAUAUGAGAAAAAUACGAGAACAGGAGAAAUUCAAGAAUGGAACAACGAUUCCUCAGUCAAGUACGUUGAUGGUUCAGUUGACAAUGACUUACCCAUCACUAGGUUACUGGAAAUGUUCAAUGUGGACCAUAUUAUCGCUUGCCAAGUUAAUCCACAUGUAGUUCCAUUCUUAAAAAUGUCUGUGACGUGUGUUGGUGGGGAAAUUGAAAAUGAAGUUAGUUCAAGAUUAAAAAGCUUCUUAACAAAUAUUUACGACUUUAUGUCAAGUGAGGUUAUCCAUUACUUGGAAGUACUACAUGAAGCUGGAAUAGGACUGAAUCUUUCAACUAAAUUUAUUUCGAUUCUUUCGCAACAAUAUUCUGGUGAUAUUACUAUCUUACCUGAUUUUAAUAUCAAAGACUUCACAAAGAUCUUUGAUAACCCGACACCUGCAUUUUUGUUAGAAUGUAUUGUAAGAGGUGCGAGGGCAGCAUGGCCCAAAAUUACUGUUAUCAAAAACCAUUGUGGAGUUGAAUUCGCCCUUGACAAAGCUAUUACUAAAUUAAGGGGCCGUAUCAUCACUAAGAGUGGUUUAAAUAAAAUGGUAUCGAAUGGUAAUGGCCACACUAACACCAAUGGCAAACAACCAAUUCAUGGUGCAAUGUUAGGAAAUGGUCUAGCUGCUGAAAAUAAUUUAUACAAUUUGGUCUCAUCGCCAAUUUUGAAUGUCGAUUCUCAAUCACCUUCACCUGUUCCUGAGGAAGGCAAAGAUCAAGUUGGAGAAGACAACAACCAAAAUCAUGAUCAUGGAGACGGGAAAGUCAAUCAAAGGACUGGAGCACCGAAGUUUAAGCGUCACAAUACUAUAAACUACAGUGCCCGGGGGGAAAACCUGGUCGAAAAGAACGAGCUUACAGAAAAUCAACCUAGGAAGGAAAAGAGGAAGAGUGUCAGCGCUUAUUCUAACUUUAUGGUCCAAGAAUCAAACGAUAUCAGAGAAUCAUUGAAAAACAUGAUCAAGAACACAAAUAAUCUGCUGAUAAACCCAAAUUUCCCAAACGUUAAUACAAAAAGAGGCAAAUCAACUACUUCUUUGUUGCAACUUAGUAACAGCUACGAUAAAAAUAAUGAAUCUGUGGGUGUAAGAUUUAAUAAUAAGGCUCGAGAUUCUGUCCAAAAACCAAGCGAAAUGCAGACAACGCCUAGUCCUCCAAAUUUUAGAACCCAUGGUAGGUCUAAAAGUUUCUAUUCCCCAGAUAUGGAAGAACAAAAUAGCAAUGACUUCCAUAAUGAUAACUAUUUAUUAAAUGACCUAGAUCUGGAUCUGGAUGCAUAUUUUCCCACAAAACAUGAGCAUGAUGAAUAUGAGCCAUUCGUGGGCCCAGAUGCUGCACAAAGAGCUUCUCGGACUCUGGGCGAAGAUAGUGAAGGGACUUCAUCAGGUAGCAAAAAGGACAUAAGGCCAGAAGUCAAGAAGGUUCGUAAGGCCAGGAGUUCUGGCAACUUUUUUGUCAUGGACAGUUUUACCGAUGAUUAUGAUAGCUCUAGGCAAUUGAAGUACGAUUCCGAAAGGAUCCCAUACUAUAAAGGCAAUCCUUAUUUGGACUCACCUAAUUCAUCUGCUGUGAAUGCUCCCAGCACACCAUCACAAUAUUCUCAAUCACCUACUGCUACGGCUAAUUCAUCUUCAGUAUUCAAUGCCAACAAUGUGACAAAAGCAAAUUUACCAUCAAAAAGGGCCUCUGCUUCAAACUCUUUAAGGAGCUCGUAUAUUGGCUUAAAUAGGUUAAAGGAUAGGUCAAGUAAUAAUUCAAACUCGAAUCUUAACGAGCUAAUUAUGGGUCCAAAUGGAGAUGGCACUUAUCAAAAGAAAUUGAUGAGCUUAACAUCCCCGGAUAUAAGAAGGACUUACAGAGGUUCCACCAGAAUAGGGCUCAGUAGGCAAAAUAGUGAAGAGAUAUCUGUAUUGAUGAGCAAGCUUGCUAAGGAACAACAGCACCGAGAAGCAGGUUUAGGCUUAAGCAAAAGUCUGGAAGAAGAAGAAGAAGAAGGAGAAGAGGAAGGUGAGGGAAAAGAAGAAGGAGAAGCGGAAGAAACAGAUAACGACGAAGAAGCGACUGUUAAGGGUCUGGAUGACGAAAAUGAAGGGGAAGAGGAGAAAAAUGGAGACACAGAGGAAUCUGCAACACCUGAAACCUAA